GAGAUCAAGAUUUGCACCUUGGUUUGGCCCAGCAUUGCGGGAGAAAUAGUUUGGGAUGUGACCUUUGCCGUUGUUUUCUUUCUGAUACCAGGAUUAGUCAUUGUCAUCAGUUAUUCCAAAAUCUUACAGAUUACAAAAGCAUCAAGAAGGCGUUUAACUGCUGGUUUAGCCUACUCAGGAAAUCAUCAGAUUCGUGUUUCCCAGCAAGACUACAAACUAUUCCGAGCCCUCCUUGUGUUGAUGAUCUCUUUCUUCAUCAUGUGGAGCCCAAUUAUCAUAAUUAUUAUUUUAAUUUUAGUCCAGAACUUCAAACAAGAUUUAAAUAUUUUGCCAUCAGUUUUCUUCUGGAUAGUGUUAUUCACUUUUGCCAACUCUGCUGUCAAUCCGAUUUUGUAUAAUGUUGCCCAUUUCAGACGUAAAUGUCAGGAAAUUCUUCUCUGUUGUACAGGGAACCCUGUAAGACACGGGGCUGCUACAGAAACCACUGCAAGAAGAAGUAACCAUAAACAACCAAAUUUGUCUUUCAUUACCAGAUAA